AUGGGACACCCUGAGGAUAUCCCUGUCGCGACCGCGUCGGUUGAUGUGGAGUCUAAGAAUGCAUUAGCGGCGGGAAAGGCUGAUGCGGCGUUGGAAUUCCUUCACAAAGAAGACAAUGGAGUGUCUGUCAAUGUUGAUGAGAAGUUACUCGUGCGAAAGAUUGACUGGAUGAUCAUCCCUUUGAUGUGGGCUGCGUAUAAUUUGCAGUAUCUGGAUAAGGUGCUCAUUAACUAUGCCUCCGUGAUGGGUCUAUUGAGCGACACCAACAUGAAGACGAAUCAGUACUCCAAUCUAACGCUAGCCUUUUACUGCACUUACUUGGUCUUUGAGCUUCCCACGGGCUUUUUAAUGCAACGGUUGCCCACAGCGAAGUAUCUGGGUUUCAAUGUGGCGAUAUGGGGUCUCAUGACAACUUUGAACUGCACUGCAAAGAACUUUGGCGGUUUGAUGACCUUGCGAGUCCUGUUGGGCUGCUUUGAGAGUGCAAUUGCUCCAGCUCUCAUCCUAAUCACCUCUAUGUGGUACAAGCGAAAUGAGCAACCCAAACGCUUCGGGAUAUGGUACCUCGGCACUGGAACUGCCUCCAUGAUGGGGGCCCUAGUGGCAUACGGCCUCCUCUUCUAUACCGAUGACAAAUUCAAAUCAUGGCAGAUCAUGUUCCUCAUUUUCGGUCUUAUCACUAUCGCUGUUGGGAUCAGCAUCUUCAUCUUCCUUCCUGAUAACCCCAUGACAUCUCGCCUCACACACGAAGAGAAGAUCAUAGCCAUCGAACGUCUACGCGAGAACCAAACCGGCAUCGAGAAUAAACACUUCAAACGGUCUCAAUUUGUCGAGGUAUUCAGAGACCCACAAACUUAUCUCAUCGUCGUUAUCGUAACGGCAAUGGAUGUACCCAAUGCCGCAAUCAGCAGCUUCACCUCGUUGAUCAUUAAGAACAUUGGCUUCACAACCAAGCAGACCGAGCUCCUGAAUAUCCCAAACGGAGCCGUCAGCAUCGUCGCUAUCCUGCUUGCAACACAGACAGCCUCCCGAUACGACCAGCGUUGUCUCUGCAUCACCGCUGCACUACUUUGUAGUCUCCUGGGUAGCUGCCUUCUUGCCUUUUCGCCCACGGAUAUGAAAGCUGCCCAACUGGCGGGAAGCUACUUGAUUCAGGUGGUGGGCUCUGCUUUGCCAUUGAUGUACUCGCUUGUCGGCGCCAAUGUCGCGGGUCAUACGAAGAAAGUGUCUAUGAAUGCUAUCCUGCUUAUGUCUUUCUGUUUGGGUAAUAUUCUCGGUCCACUGACCUUCCGAACGGAGGAUGCGCCGAACUAUAUCCCUGCGAAGAUUAGCAUUGUGGCGACCAUUGCGGUGGCAAUUGUCGCUUCUCUUCUGCUGCGGUACUACUAUAUUUGGGAAAAUCGUCGGAGGGAUCAACGAAAUGAGGAGGAGGUUCGCCAGGAGGAUUCGGGAUUCUUGGAUAUGACGGACCGGAAUAACAGACAAUUCCGCUAUAAAUAUUGA